CAGAGAAACAACAGAGAUCUAAUGCGCUCAAAUUUAACGGGUGCUGGUCGGCGUAAUACUCAUAUAUACGAAGACCCAAAUUUGUUGGUGACCCCCAGAAGUUCACUUAACUCAGAUGUAUCUGUCGCAUAUAACUAUCCACGUAGAGGGAAUUCUUUCAGUACUUCGCAGAAUUUAGGAGGAUACUCGUCUUCAGGAAGGCUUAGAAUACUCAAUUCAAUGUCCAAGAAUUAUUUGAGUCCUUCUAUCCUAGAUCUCAGCAAUGGAAGUUGUAGCAGAUCACUUCGUGAUUUAUAUAAGUCACCUGAAAGACAAAUUGUGACAAGUCGAUAUCCUCACUACACCGAAAAAUCUCUGAAGGCGUGUUUGAAUCACGACUUCAAAGCAUUUUCUAAUUCCAGUAACACUGAAAGAGAACAAUAUAGUCAACGACGACAUGCCUUUGGAAAUGGACAAAUACGUGACUGCAGGAUAAAGUAUAAAGCCACAUCACCUGAUGCCUCAGAAGUUAGCCACCACGCGGUUGCUUUGGAUGGUGUCAACGGAGGAAGUUUAAAGGUGGAAAAGAGAAGGGAUUGCCAUUUCAAUGGUUUCAAUUCACUGGAUCAUGAACCUUCAAGCCUAAUUCAUGUUAAGGCUCAUCGAAUGAGGAAAGCAGCCGACGCAGAAUCAAACGAAAAGUCUCACGACUCUGUAAACAAGUGGUUAUCAAAUGUUUUUCAGCCUAGAAACGAUAGUUCACAUAAUGGCUCCUGUUGUAUGUCAGGAAGUCUUGCUGUCACUUUGUAUGGAUCCAAACUCACUGAAUAUGAACGCAAAGAAAUUCAAGACUAUCCUGAAGUAUAUUUUCUCGGCCUUGGCGCAACCAAGAGAUAUCCUCACGGAGCGUCCAUCAAUGAUUCCGCAUACAAAAGAGGUAGCAUGAUUCCGUCAAAUAACGUGACUGGUUUUGAUGAUACACAAAGCAGUUACAUUCUUGUUCCCAAUGAUCAUCUGGCAUACCGAUAUGAGGUCUUAAAGCCUCUAGGCAAGGGAAGCUUUGGUCACGUAGUUCACGCUAUCGAUCACUGUACUAAACAACAAGUUGCUGUAAAAAUUGUUAAAAGUGAACCUCGAUUUACAAGACAAGCUGUUGAAGAAAUUCGAAUUCUUAAGGCUCUAAAUGCCCAACAAAGUCAUGUAUGCAUGGUUUUCGAAUUACUUUACAUAAAUUUGUAUGAACUCAUCUACCGUAAUAAUUUCAAAGGCUUUUCUCAGUCCCUGGUAAGAAAGCUGACCUAUGGGAUUCUUUGCUGCUUGGAAUUGCUAUAUCGAAAUAAAGUUAUUCAUUGUGAUUUGAAACCGGAGAAUAUACUAUUACGACGUGCAGGAAAGAGUAAAAUCAAAGUAAUCGACUUUGGAUCGAGUUGUUAUAUUAAUGAAUGCCCAUACAAUUACAUACAAUCACGCUUUUAUCGUGCGCCGGAGAUUAUUCUUGGUCUACCAUAUGGUACUCCAAUCGAUAUGUGGAGUUUAGGAUGCAUUUUGGCUGAAUUUAUAACUGGUGAACCAUUAUUUCCAGGAGAAGAUGCAUCCGAUCAGUUGGCUUGUAUCAUGGAGAUUUUGGGCAUGCCACCAAUUCAAAUGAUUAAGAAAGGCAGUCAAAGUCAUCAUUAUUUCAAUAAUAAUGCUCAACCUCUCUAUAUGAUUGAACAACAACAUCAUAUCUAUGGAAAUCAGCAUGUAGAUAAAUUACAAGAAGCUAUAACCAACUUGAAUAAGUCACUGAAUUCGUCUUCAAGUAAACAUAAACGUGCUAAUAGCAGUAAGCGUCAAAAAAUUAGAAAGUCACCCGGUUCCUUGGAUCUCGUCGAUGCAUUAACAAGUUCUAAGAAUUCUUCUGUCUGUUUACCAUUAGGUGAAACAUCAAGUACUGGACAUAAAAUUCCACAACCAUUAGAUCCGGAUAUGAUUGACUUUUUGAAAGGUUGUUUAACAUGGAAUCCAGAUGAAAGAAUGAAUCCAAUUGAAGCACUUGAACAUCCAUGGAUUAAAAAAAUGUCAUUACAAACUCCAUCAGGUCUAGAAAGAACAAACACUUUUCUAGCAAAUUACAAUGCCUAUAACAAUUCAGAUCCAUGUCAUACUAGCAACAAAACAAAUUACAACAGUUAUUCGAAUGGGACAAGUAAACAAGUUUCUGACAAAGAUUUUGUUGCCAAUAUUCUAGGUGUGCGUAUGCGUAAACACGAUGCAAAUUCUCUACGCGUCUCUCGCAAAUCUGAAGUUCCAAGUAUAAUGUCUGAUGAUCCAAUGAAACUGAAUCAAUCUCGCCGUCGAUAUUCCUAUGACCACAGUAACAACAGACUCUCUGAUCUAUUUGAAAGGGCAAUGAGGUGUACUUCGAAUCCAAAAUCUCCAGAUCGACACAGAUAUCACAAGUCAGAAAUUUAUUACAAUACAAGACAAUAUCGAAGUUUCUUGAAUAACAAUGAUUACAAUAACAACAAUCAGGAUGACAAUAAUGAUAAUAAUGAUAACAGUAGUAGUUUGAACGAUGAGAAUUACGAACAAAGUGUCUCUCCUAGUGGUGAUAUUGUUAAGCUUCGUCGUCGCCGUAAUCGUCGUCAUACUCAUCGUCAAAACAAUGUUAACCAAUGUGAUAACUAUGAACAACAAGAGAAUGCUCAUCCUGAUUCAAACCACAGUUUAGUCAAUGAUGAAAAUAUCAUCAGUAUUUGUGAAACACCCCUUGAAACAAUGAUAGACAAUCAUAUAUCAGUUACAGAGGACAAUGAAGUCAGUAUCAGCGAUGUAGAAAAUAAUUGCAGAAAUUCAGGUUACUAUGAAAACGCUAAUGGUCAUAAUGGUAAUCCUACAAUAAUACUGUUCAAUGAAGACAAAGUUGUCCGAGUUCCACACGUAACAGCAGGAGAACACGAUAUCUAA